AUGGGUAAAAAGGAACAGGUGUCGAGCCAGGCGCCAAGCGCGGCACGAUCCUGCUGGACGACGUGCCGAUCCAAGAGUAUCACGUCACUUCUCCGUUCGCGCGUUGUGAUUGUCGACCAGUCGACGGUCCUGUUCAGCCAGACGAUCGCCGCCAACUUGACGUAUGGCAUAGAGCGUGACGUGAGCGAGCGCGACAUCGUGCAGGCCUGCAAGGACGCGCAGGCGUGGGAGUUCAUCAACGAGAAGCCGGACAAGCUGUUGACGAUGCUCGAGUCGGGUGGGUCGAACCUCUCUGGCGGCCAGCGCCAGCGGCUCGCCAUCGCGCGUGCAAUGCUACGCCGCCCCGACGUGAUCCUGCUCGACGAGGCGACGAGCGCGCUCGACAAUGAGAACGAAGCCAAGGUGCAGAAAGCGUUGGACAAUCUGGCGCGGCGUGGUUCUGCGCUCGUGAUCGCGCAUCGGCUCAGCACCAUCCGCGAUUCGGACGCCAUCGUGGUUGUCGACCAUGGGCGCGUCGUCGAAUGCGGCACGCACGCCGAGCUCAUCGCCAAGGAUCCCGACGUGGCGGAAUCGGAGCCGGCGAGCCCCACCACUACGAUGCUUGUGCUCCGGGAGGACGAUGCCCCCAGCGCCGAGGUGGCGUCGACUACGUACCGCAGGUUGUGGGACGCGGCGACCGGCAGCCCGGCAAAGAUGAGCCUGCAGGCGAUCGCGGAGAAGGUGGCUGCAGCCGAGGAAGAACCGGCGCGUCUCAAGAAGCGGCAAGUGCUGAUGCAACAGCAGAAACAGCGUCUGAUCGAGCCGCGAGCCGAGCUGUGCGACCGCACCAACGACUCGACUCGCACAGCUCGCGCGACGUCUCGCCGGUCUGCGUGCGGCUCUUGA